GCAGCUAUUUUGCACUUUCACAUCAUUACCUCCUCUGAUCAGAUCUGCUUAGAUACCAUAUUCAUACACUAUACAACCCCCAUGCUCACCGAUAUAGACUCGUUCCAUGAAUACCUCCGAACGUGCAAGAAUAUCGUUGCGCUAGUUGGCGCCGGUCUAUCGGUCAAGUCGGGCCUCCCGACGCACCGUGCGUCAAAUGAAAAGUGGAAAAACUUCCAGAUGAUCGAUUUGGCGACCCCAGAGGCGUUCCAGAUCGAUCCAGGCUUGGUGUGGCAAUUCUACACCCACAAGCGGUAUCAGGCGUUGGAGGCUGUUCCCAAUAACGGCCACCGCGCUCUAGCGAAGCUAGCACAGAGGUCUGCCCCCAUUUUCUCUAACCACCUGAACCCUUUUUUCAAGCAUUCCAGCCGCGGUGCCACGCCCAACGACAGCCCUAGGGCGUCCCAGGGGCCAGAGGACCCCAGGUUCCGGUUCCUAACCUUGACCCAGAACGUGGAUGGCUUGCACCAGCGCGCGAGCCAUCCAGCCGACCACUUGGUGGAACUCCAUGGGUCACUCUUCACCUUGCGGUGUACCUCUUUCAUGUGCACGUACCGUGAAGACUGUAACUAUGUCCAUCCGUUGACCCCCGCGUUGCGCGACAACGAUGUGGAAACGCCGCCUAGCCGCAAGCGAAAGCUUUCAGGAGAGGCUUCUGUCGAUAAGACACCGACAGCGGAGGCUAUCCCCACGCUUCUCUCGCCCGUAUUUCAGCCAGUGCAGCAGCUCGAGGAGGCACAGCUUCCUCACUGCCCCGAGUGCCACGAGGGCUUGUUGCGCCCAGGCGUUGUGUGGUUCGGGGAGUCGUUGCUCUUCAAGGCCAUAGAUACGGUCGACCGUUUCAUGACGAGUGCUAAGGUGGACUUGAUUUUGGUUAUCGGCACGUCCGGUGCCGUCUGGCCCGGCGUUGGCUAUGUCGAACGCGUCAAGCUCCAGGGCGGGAAAGUGGCGGUCUUUAAUGUUGAAACUGUGAGCGAAGGCGACUGGUUUUUUCAGGGCGACGCGGGGGACAUGUUGUGCGAGGCAUUGAAGCCCCUAAUUGAAUGACAAAGCCCGAUAGAGGGAGGAAAUUGGGGGCGGAAAAAUGAAAUGGAGAAAGAGACGUGGAGAAAUAGAAAAGAGAUAUAGAGAAUUAGAGAAGAGAUGGGGAACUAAGGAUAGGAAAGCUGUUACAGAAAAUACCCAGUUGAUUAUUGACUGAAGUUUGGCUCAACCUUAAAGCCAAGAUGCAUACUCAGA